AUGUGGGAGAAGGCCAUCAAACUGAGCAAAGAGUUGGCUGAGACUUAUGAGAGCAAAGUAUUUGACUACGAGGGCCUCGGCAACCUGCUGAAAAAAAGAGCCUCGUUUUAUGAGAACAUCAUUAAAGCAAUGAGGCCUCAGCCUGAAUACUUUGCUGUUGGCUACUACGGACAGGGCUUUCCUUCUUUCCUUCGGAACAAAAUCUUCAUCUACCGGGGGAAGGAGUACGAGAGGCGAGAAGACUUCAGCCUGAGGUUGCUGACCCAGUUCCCCAAUGCCGAGAAGAUGACCAGCACCACGCCCCCGGGAGAGGACAUCAAGUCGUCCCCAAAGCAGUACAUGCAGUGUUUCACCGUAAAGCCGGUGAUGAGCCUGCCGCCCAGCUACAAGGACAAACCAGUUCCAGAGCAGAUCUUAAACUACUAUAGAGCCAAUGAAGUGCAGCAGUUCAGAUAUUCCAGGCCAUUCUGGAAAGGAGAGAAGGAUCCAGACAAUGAAUUUGCUACCAUGUGGAUCGAAAGGACCACGUAUACAACUGCAUACACCUUUCCUGGGAUUCUCAAGUGGUUUGAAGUCAAACAAAUUUCAACGGAGGAAAUCAGCCCCCUGGAGAAUGCCAUAGAAACCAUGGAACUCACCAAUGAGAAGAUCAGCAACUGUGUCCAGCAGCAUGCCUGGGACCGAGCCCUCUCUGUGCACCCUCUCUCCAUGCUGCUCAGUGGCAUCGUGGACCCAGCUGUCAUGGGGGGCUACUCCAACUAUGAAAAGGUGAAUCCCGUGUGUCUCCAUGCCUCUCUCCGUGGCACCGUGCCCCCAGUGAAUUCGUUGCUUACAGCUCGCCUGAGAGAUUUUUCACUCUGCCUUCUUCACUUCUUUUACAAGUGAAAUUAAUGAAAAGCAUGUCCUUGACCUCACACCUCCUAGAGACCCCCAGCAACCCCGCCAGGGUUAGGCCAUGGCCUGGUAAGGAGUCACUGAAAGAUCAAUCUAAUAUACCACGUCUGGUUGAUCUACCUGCUGUUCCCUCUCCCACUCCCCCUCUCCCCUGUGGGAGAUGCAGAACUCAGGAUGCUCUGGAAGUGAAGAAGCAUCUGUGGGAGAGGCAGAGCUGUGCUCUAGUUAAAAUGAGCUUCUAGAAACACCCACCCCGACUUGGUGUGCCGUAGGUUGUUUGGACAAACGCUGGCCCUGGCUACACAGUUACAUUAGUUCAACUAAGUGUCAUAUCUUUUAUUCUGGAGAAACAAGAAAAGAGUACUCACCAGAUGUGAAUCCAUUGCAUAGGGUUUGGAUGUAGCACCAU